GAGAGCCCUAUAGUUUAAUAUCGCCGUCUCUGUCUUCUUCUUUUCUCCGGCGAAGGUACUGGCCGUGGCCAACAUCUCAAUCGGAAAAUCCAAAUCUCCCCUUAAUUUCCCAAACAACCACCGGGGGGGUUUGGAUUGAGGAUUUUUGAAUACCAAUUCCACCCAAAUCCCUCCAUCCAUGGAAGUUUCUGUCGAGAUGGAGAAGUUCCUAUGUGACCUGUUGUUAGAUCAUAACAAACCCAUUUCAGAGCGGUUUAGAGCUCUCUUCUCUCUUCGCAACCUCCGCGGCCCGACACCGCGCGACGCUCUUAUACUUGCAACAAGGGACUCUUCUAAUCUUUUGGCACACGAGGCUGCUUUCGCAUUGGGGCAAAUGCAAGAUGGUGAAGCAAUUCCUGCCCUGGAAUUAGUUUUGAGUGAUCUUUCGCUGCAUCCCAUUGUUCGGCAUGAGGCUGCAGAAGCCCUUGGCGCAAUUGCUUUAGAAAGGAACAUCCCACUUUUGAAGAAAAGUCUGAUUUCAGAUCCAGCUCAAGAGGUCCGGGAAACAUGUGAACUGGCUCUUAGCCGCAUUGAAGAGCUGCGGGACCAUGGAAGUGUUGAUCCAUCUUCAGCAGAACCAUCACCAUUUUUAUCAGUUGACCCAGCUGCUCCUGCUUCUUGUUCUUCUGUACAGGAGCUGAGGGAUACAUUGUUAGAUGAAAAAAAGGGCAUGUAUGAGCGGUAUGCUGCACUUUUUGCUCUUCGUAACAAUGGCGGAGAGGAAGCUGUCACGGCAAUUAUUGAAUCCUUAGGUUCGAGGAGUGCUCUCCUACGACAUGAGGUUGCUUAUGUUUUGGGCCAAUUACAAAAUAAAAGGGCUUCAGAUGCACUGUUGAGAACACUUAGAGAUACAAAUGAACAUCCAAUGGUUAGACAUGAAGCUGCUGAAGCUCUUGGUUCUAUUGCAGAUGAUGAAUGCCUUUCACUUCUUGAGGAGUUUGCUAAGGAUCCCGAGCCUAUUGUUUCACAAAGCUGUGAAGUAGCUCUCAGCAUGCUUGAGUUUGAAAAAUUGGGCAAGUCUUUUGAGUAUCUCUUCAUGCAGGCCCCUAAAGUUGAGCUAGUUCCAUAGAAAUGCUAUUACCUCCAAGUAUAUCGACCUGCUACUCCCUAGUCCCCUAGAACGAGCCCUCCACAGGAUUUUGUGUAAUCUAGUCCUGAAAUCAUCAUUUGGAGGAUUGCCAAGGACUUGCUUGUUGCUUUGUUGGAACACUUGACUAAUCCUUUUAGGAUUUUGGCUUACCAACUAGGCUAAUUUAAGAGUAUGAGUAGGAUAAUGGAUUCCCUAAUUUGAGGAGUCCGUUCUCUUGGGAACAAACUGUCAAACUUCAAGUCCAUAUGCGAAAGAAAAUAUAGUCUGAAGUCUAUCCCUAAUUUACUUAAGAUAAUUGUACCAUUAUACAUGUGUAAUUUUUCUGUCUUCUUGGAAGAUGAAGAUUUUGUCGGUAUGUAUACUCCAGUAUUCAACAGAAAUUAAGGAGUGUUUGACUUAUUGCC